AUGAAGAUUUUGACAAUAGCAAUAUCCGCGUUCCUUGAUGGGAUUUGCGGUCAGCAGGCUCCGCAACGAGACUGGGGAUCUGAGUUGAGGCAGCUUCUGGAUGUUUACUCGUCAGAUUAUGGAGUAAUCUAUCGCGAGCACAUUAAAAACGACUGGAAUCAGUUGACAAACAGAACGAAGGAAAAUUUCGACAAAUUUACGGAUUCGAGGAAACGCGUCAGUGUUUUUCGAAGUAAGGGUCAACUGUACGUUUUGGACUUAGGCUAUAAAAACUUGUACAAUAAGUACUUGACGCCUCUCGAUCAAAAACGCAUGGAUGAAGUCCUCAGAAUCGGCAUCGACAGUCUCGUUUUAUCCGACCUCGAAAGCACCGAUUACUCGCAAAAGUUCGUCAACCUGACAAUGCUACGCCACAAACUCCAGCUCAAUUUGGACGUGACUACAGUAACUGUGGGCGCUGAUGAAUUGCGAUUUACUGACGUGCAAAAUAUUCUCAACACAAUGUACAAAAUGCCGUCGACGUUUGAAAGCCCGUGCAUGGCAUACUUCACGCAGAUGGACUUUUGGCACGGAAUUUUGGCGAAAAUAGGUCGAAAAUCUCGCCCCGAUUUCAUCAAAUUGCGCGACCUUUAUAACGAAGCUGCAGCUAAAAAUGGCUUUUCCGGAGCAACGGAAGAGCUCUUAUACGAAUAUGGAUCAGGAACUGAUAUUAAAAGUCUUGUUUCGAGCAUUUGGAUUGAUAUCUUUCCGCUUUACAAGAAACUGCACUCAGUUGUUAGAUAUGAACUGGCAGCAUUAUUCACUGAAGAUCUGGUCGAUAUUCAAGGAGCCAUUCCUGCACAUCUGAUGGGCAGCAUCCAUGGAGAUACGUGGGAGAAUCUCUUUGAACUUCUAUCACCUGAUGAAGAAUUCGAACUUUUGGACGACGAGGAACUCUUCAUGAACGUCAAGGAGAUGGUCGAAUACGUCGAUAAUAUGUUUAAAGAUUUAGGUUUCCCUCCAAUGCCACAAGAUUUCUUUGAGAACUCAAAGUUCCAGAAGUUGGACAAAUCGGACUCUUGCGAAGCCGGAGCAUGGGAUUUCAAGUCACCAAGUGCCGACGCAUUUAGAAUCCACAUGUGCGCUAUCAACAAACGCCAGGACUUGAGACAGAUGAUAUUUUUAUUCGCUCAAGCUCAUUUCUACCGCGCUUAUUCUGGGCUAGACAUUCUUCUCCAGAAACCUGCGAAUCCUUCUCUGUUUCAUACGAUCCCCGAUGUGAUCCGAAUGUUCGCAUCUCUCCAUGACAAACAUGCUCAACAUUUCAACAUGACCGCAACAACAGAAAUCAACUACCUAAUGUACAUGGCUCUCAAAGAAUUGCCCUUCCUGGCGUUUGCCAAAAGCCUUGAAGAAUGGCGUUGGAAGGUGUUUUCAGGCGAGUAUCCAGAGAGCCAGUUUCAACGGCAGUGGGAAGACAUUGUCUUUGAGAACAUGGGACUCAUGCAACCUAUUGAGAGAGAUAUGUCUGACAUGGACCCACUAACGAAAAUUCACAUCUUACUCAACAUCGAUUACGCAAAAUACUUUCUAUCUUCUGCCUCUGUCUACGAAAUUCUAGCGUCGCUUUGUCCGCUGAAUUCGGAUGGAAGAUGCGACUUGCGUAAUGAUGCAAAACGACCUGGAACCAUUCUGAUUUCAGCCAUGUCGAAAGGAAACACAAUGCCCUGGGAGGGCGUCUAUCAGACACUGACGGGAUCUACGACGAUUUCCGGGCAAGCUCUUAGAAAUUAUUUUAAGCCGCUCGAAAACUAUCUUGAUAAAAUGAUAGAGUCCCGAAAUCUCAAAGUUGGCUGGAAGAAAACGAAACCCGCCCGCAAAAAAGAUAUUCUGCCAUGCUCAGCCGCAUCACCAUGCUCCACUCUUCAAUUACUAGCGCUAGUACUUCUGGAUUUACGCGAGAAUACUGAGUCCUAUGUUUAUUCUCAUGAUUCUGACGCCAAGACAAUAGUCCGCAACAUAAAACGUCGUUUUAAAGAAAGGCGGUUCGAUGUUAUUGGAAUUUUGCCGACCUGUGGGGAAGGUGGCAUCAAUUUGCUGAACGGGAAGGAUGGGCUCAUUACGCCUGUGGAUCCGUGCGGCGGGAAUUCUGCCAUGCAAUUCCUCAAAAACAUCAUGGAUGACCUUCUUAAUAACCGCGGCCUUGUUCACAUUCUUGGCGCCAAGAACGUGAAAAAUUACGAUUUCGUCAAUCGAGAGCUAACGAAGCGAUUUCCUGAUCGAGUCGUUCUGACACGUGAUUCGACGGGACAGGAUGUUCUUGUGGUAAAUACUGCGAGGCCGCAAGACUCGGAAUUUGUAAAGCUUCGGAUACAGGAUUACUACUUCAAAUCGAGUCAAGUCGAUGGUUCGAAGAUUCUCAACGGCUACGAGAAGCUCAAUGUGGUCGGAAAAGGCGCGCAAGGAACCGCUACUCUUUUCAAAAAUAAGGCUGACGGCAAGCACGUGAUCAUGAAGGUUGUUCACACCGAUGGUAUGAGCCAGACUGAGCGAAUGCAAGCGCUGAAUGAAGCCAAUGUUCUGAAAGUCCUGCAGCAUCCGAACAUCAUUCGCUACAUUCAAAAUUUCGAAAACGAGGGCAACUUGCACUUGAUGAUGGAAUACGCAGAUGAUGGGUCCCUCGAUCGCCAUCUGCAGUGUCAACGCGACACCAUUCCAAGGCGUCCGAUACCUGAAAGUGAAGUUAUCAGGGACUGUUGCGACAUGUUUUUCAAGUGCUCUUGA